UCUUCAGUCCCUCUACACCACGUCAACCAAGCAGCGCUUGCUGCGUGGUAACUUUUCUCGCACUGAGCUCUCUAUCUGUCAGCGGGGCGUGAGCUGUGGCUGCAGCGCGGCGGAUUUAACUCACCCGGCUGAUCUUGGCAAAAAGAAAACCUUCAUGAAGCUUCCCAGCAAUUAAGACGACUUGGUCCGUAAUGUUGACAGUCCUGGUCCACGUGCUCCUGAUGCUGCUUGCUGUUCAGUGUUUGCGACCUGGAGCUCCCGUUCAUUCAGGCGCCCUGGACGUCCCCUGGCAGGAUGAGGUGUGCUGUGACUCACCUACUGCCAACGCUUAUAUAGAAGAAGGGACAAGUCAGUCUGAUUUAAACCUCCCACUGUCUCCACGCUGCAAAUUUAGGAGCUCCUCAGCUGAAUCAAAACCUCUAGUCUCUCUAGGCGGCACUUGUUUGGACAUACUGUGCAGAUUUGAUGAACCCUGGUCAAAUUUAACUUGUGAUCUUAAGUUCAGUGGCCUGUCAUCUGGUAUAACGAAGCCCAGUUAUUUGGCAGUCAGCCUCCAGCAGAUUUCUCUGGAAAACGACACAGAGUUCCAUGCGUCUGAACAUAAGGCUGUGUGUGACGCAGAGGAUUCACUCAUGUGCUCAAUUCAUCUCAAUUCAACAAGAAUCUUUGCUGUUCGGCUAACGGUCAAUGUCUCCAAUGUUUUGGCUCCACCAGUUUUGCUGAGAAUUUCUCCCAGAUCUGUGAAACCAAGUCCCCCAUUCAACCUGUCAUACAUUCAGACUGUGGAGGGAGAUCUCAUUUUCAGGUGGAAAGAGCCAUUAGACUUUAGUGAUAAUUUACUGGCCUAUGAAAUCCGAUAUUCCCAUGAAAAUACCAAGAAGAACACCCACAAAAACUGGCAGGUGGUGUCUGCACUUGAACAGCCCAAUGUUUCACUGGAGUUGAAACCCUUACUGAAGUACACCAUCCAGGUCCGCUGCACCACCCAAACUCAGCCUGUACUGUGGAGCGACUGGAGCGAUCCCUACCAUAUUUACCUGAACAAAGUGAGCUACAUCCCUCAAAAGGUAGUGGCGAGAGCUGGUGAUAAUGUAACGGUUUAUUGUGUGCUAAACGGCCAGAGCGCCAACGCAAAUACGGCCAUGUGGUCCCUCAACCAAAUGGUGCCGCUUGAUCCCAGUUUGUAUCAUCCUGUCAACCAGCGGGUCAGCCAAAUCACAUUCACAGCUUCAGAGACUGGGUUGUAUGACCUACUGACCUGCACACAGGAGUGGAAUAUUCCUUAUAGCAAGAUCUAUGUGGAAGGAGGUUUCAUCAACAUCACGUGUGUAACCAACGGUGACAUUGACACUAUGACCUGCAGAUGGGAGAAUAAAGAGUGGGAAAUAGUCAAAUUGCGGUCCAAGAGUGCUGAGAUGUCAUGUGACGAGAUGGAGGAAAGGGUGAGAGGUGGAGAGGAAGUUGGUGAGAUGGGACAUGAAUGCAUGCCAGUCAAAUCUACAGAGAAAGUCUGCACUUUCCACCCUUUGAAGAUGAAUUGCUACAAACUGUGGCUUGAAUUGCAUACCCGCCUAGGUCUCAUCAGGUGCAAACCUGUCUAUGUGUCACCCAUAAAUCAUGUAAAACCUUACCCUCCCACUGAUGUGAUGGCGGUGAGCCGGAGCAGUGGGAUCCUGAGGGUAACUUGGAAACCGCCUUCUCUGCCGGUCGAAGGCCUGCAGUGUCAGUUUCGGUACUACUUACUCGGUGUUUUAGAGAAAUGGAAGUUUGAGAAGCCUGUGUGGGUUUCCUGGGCCGAGGUUGAGGUACCAGACAUGUGCCAGAUCUACGUGGUUCAAGUACGCUGCAUGCACACCAGUGGGAUCGGAUACUGGAGUGAAUGGAGUGAGUCUGUCCACUCCACCGCUCAAAACAGCAGAGCUCCUGAACGUGGGCCUGAUUUCUGGAGAAUACGUCACGAUGACCCGUACAGAAACCAGUCUAACAUCACUCUGCUGUUUGAGUAUUUCUCAGCAAAUUGGAAUACCUACUGUGUGGAUGGAUUUAUGGUCCAGCACCAGGCCUUGAAUGGAACUGUGCUGAGGAGGCAGAUCGACAUGGUGUCCUCCUACAGCUUUGAAUGGAAUCAGGAGCUCCACAUUGUGACUGUGGAAGCCUACAAUAUUCUGGGGAGCUCUGUUAACAACGUCAACAUGACUCUGGAGAAACAACCUAAACGCCGCUGUGUGCAUUCAUUCCACGUUUUGGUUAUAAACAGCACUUGUGUAUCUCUGUCCUGGAGCCUGUUGCAUAUCAGCUCUGUCCCUCUCUUCAUGGUGGUUCAGUGGUUCCCAAGGAAGCAGCAGGACUUUGAAGACUUUGGCCUAAAUGGAAAAACGUGGGUCAAACUGUCCUACACCGAACCUCCUACCCAGUUACGAGGAGAUUUCUUUAGCUCAAAGGAGUAUGCCUUCCACUUGUACCCUGUGUUUGCUGAUGGAGAAGGAGAACCAGUUGUUACAAUAGUUAAGACAGGAAAUCCUCCAGCUUACAUGAUGCUGAUGUUCAUCUCCCUCAUUUGCAUUGCCGUGUUUGUGACCGUGGUUCUCUCCCAAAACCGGAUGAAAAAAUUUGUGUGGAAAGAUGUUCCAAACCCAAACAAGUGCUCAUGGGCAAAAGGACUAGACUUUAAAACGAUGGACGGCUUUGAGUACCUGUUCCGACCUCCAGAGGGUCUUCAAGCCUCUCCGCUGCCCCCUGAGAAGAUCUCUAAAGUUACUGUUGUGAAUAAAACUCUGACAAAGGCCUUUGUCCAAACCCCAACACUCUUGUCUCCCCCCUCUGUUGUUGCUUCAACUAACUCCUUUCUGCCUUGUUUGGACCCAAGGACUGGCCAGUUGCUGGAGUGUGAAACGGCCCUUGGUGGUGACACUAGUCCAGAUCCCUUAACUACUUCACAGCUAACCAUAAAUAAGCUACAACCAGCCAAUGUCUUGGUGGAGCAGAGUUCAGGAAUCACUAACAGCUCAGCCCAGUCUUCGGUCACAUACUCCAAGGUCCUGCACACUGAUACAAAUCCAGAUCAUCCACCUCUUCAUCUCCACUACAAGGAGGGAAGUAGGAGCAGCUACAGUGAUGAGGGAAACUUCUCAGCCAACAACUCAGAUACCUCUGAAACUUUCCCUGGUGGAGUGUGGGAAGUUGACAGCUAUCGUGGUACAGAAUCGGAUGAUCCAAGGCGAUCCUACUCCUAUAACUCUGAAAAAGAGCUUUCUGACGCAUCAGAGCAAGAAGACGACGUAGAUGUGGGUCAAAAGAAGGCCUUGCACUAUCUCAACAUCGGACAUCCACCAGAGGAUGAGGAAAAUGAGGAGGAGGAGUCACAAAUUGAGCUUCUGAAAAGCGCACAUUUGAUCAGAGAGGACUGUUCCUUAGAGUUGUAUCCUUUGCUCAACCCAGAUGAGUUGAUGGAUCCCAAGACGCUGGUGCAAGUGUCAACUUGUAGUUUUGCCUCUUUGUACAUGCCUCAGUAUAGGAAGCCUGACGUAAAUCACAUUCCCCACACAUGACAGCAAACCUUAGCUCUCAUCAAAGCAUGUGCCAUUGUUGUGAAGAGUCGUGCUUUGCCAUUUCACACAAGGUUUCUACUGUGCAACAGCCUGUGAAAAAUGAGUAGGAACCCUGUUACCAAAGCCAUUGGUAACCAAAGUCAUUCAUCCUGUGUGCACUUUGUAAGCAAAGAAAGUUGAUAUUUGUGGUGCAACAAAAGAUUCCAAAAUGGCACACUUCUCAUGGAAAAAAAUAAUUUCUUCAUGUAUUUCUUUCUGUACUGAGGUUUAAAUUGGAUAUUCCUCUGUCUGUAAAUCAAAGUUGAUCAAUUUUGGUGACUGAUACAGAAGUUAUUCUCAAAAGAAAAUCUUAAGUUUAGCAAACCGAUUGCAAAUUAAAGAGGUUUCAGACAGAGGAGGUUUAUGUUUGGUUACAAAGUUUACAGUCAGCGCAUUUACUAACGGUCUGAAAUAAAGUGAUCUGCAGCUCUUUAUAGUCUGUGUUGAUUUUUUUCUUAUCCUUUUCAAUUUGUUCAACUUAAAGUUUGCUUUAGAGAGAGCUGCACAGAGCCAUAGAAAGCCCAUGCUGUGCCUCUUUUGGCUUCCUUAAAGCACGUUUGACACCGAAAAGGAGAAAAACAUCCAAAAUCUUGAAAAUGUGAAUUACUACAGGUAAAUUUUGGGGGCAUUUUUGUUCAGUUAUUGGCAGCUUAUGCUUCUAUUCCCUAUAUCAACUGAACCUUGUGCUAAGUUUAACUAUUUGUGUAUUUUGUGUCGUAAUGUAUUUGGGGUUUGGUUUAAAUAUGUGAACAAUGUAAAAUUUUUCUUGAACGUUGAAAUGAAAUUUGUUAAAGACAAAUGAAUGUUUUGAUCUACUUAAGAUGGAUACAACAAUAUUGUAAAUAUAGAAAAUUGAUUCACUGUAAAUCUUUAUGGAGAUGUUCUGUCUAUUUUUCAUUGUGACAAUAAAGAAUGUAUUGUG